CACCUUAACUUUAACCCUAAUAUCAUAAUUUAGGUAUUUUAUUGCUAUAUAUAUUAUAUUAUAUUAUAAAGUCUAAGAUCCAGCAUAACAUAUUUAUAUUAUUUACAUCUCACUUAUUAAAUUUAUACAUUUUCUAAAAAUAUAUAAUAAAUUAUCUCAGUAAUUUUUAAUUUUAAUUACUUAAUAUUUUGUUAAUAAGUUCAGUUUAAAUGAUCUCAGUACUUAACCAUUUUAAAAUAAAUUUUAAAAUAAGCAUGAUAUACAACUAAAACAGACCUCAAUUCAAAUAAAACACGGAAGAUAUUUACAUUAUAAAAAACACACGCGAUUAAAUAUUUAAAACACACACAAAUUUUAUUUACUUCUAUUAUUUUUAAAAAAUAGAAAAUAAUUGAAUCUCAUGUGAUAACUUAAUAAUCAAGGUGUUCAUGUCCUAGGUGUGAUCUGGAUUUGAGUUGCACUAAUCACAUUUGUUAUUCGGGCUUUGUCCUGUUAUUAUAAUUUAUCAAUAGUAAUAGAUAUUACUAAUGAGUAAACCUCUAGCAAUAAGAUAAAAAACGAAUUUUUCUUUUUGUAAAAUGAAAUUUAAAUUUGGAGAGACAAAAAUACGAAUUUUAUCUUCCUCUAUUGCUUAUGUAUAUAUAAUUUAAAUAGAAAAUAAAAUAGAAUAGAAAUAUAGAGUUUUGCAUCUUUCCAUAUCUUCCAAAAAUUCUAUUUUUACUAAUAAUCUCUGCUAUUGGAUUGGAUUCUAACGAAUCGAAUCUUUCGAUAAAUUGUAAUAAAUUCUUUCUUUAUUAAAUUCAAAAAUUGAAAUAGAAAACAAGAACAAUAGAGUGAUAAGAAAAUUAAGAAUAAAGUAAAAUAAUAAAGAAAAGGAUUAUCUUAUCAUAUACACCUAUUUUAUUUGAUUUAGAAAGAUGUGCUACAUUAUUUGAGAUAAAUAUAAAAUAUUCAAAUAAAAACAAAUGUGAUCUCUAUAAGAUUUUAAAUUAUAUUUUAAUUUUAGAUUUAAUUUUAGUACAGUUGAUUUGUUUUAAAUAUAUACAAAAUGACUCCGUUUUUAAAUUUUUAUAUAUCUCAAUUCAUUUAAUUUUCAGUUUUUAAAAAUAUCAUUAUAAUUUUAUCAUAAAAGAGAUAAUGUCAAAAAAUAAAUUCUGAGUAUUAUAAAAAAUAUCAUAUUUGCAUCUUAAUUUAUUUAUUUUAACUAAUCUACUUUUCCAUUAAUUACUUUAUUCAUUUUAAUAUUUAGAUUAAAGUUAAAAAAUUUCUUACAUAAUUUAAUUGAAAUUAUUUUUUAUUGCUCCUUUGAAAAUAUAGUUUAAAGUUCAAAAUUUAAAAAUAUUUAUCAUAAGCAAGGGCGUAGCUAGGGGCUGGUAGGGGCCCCGGCCCCCUAAAAUAGAAAAAAUUUUAUUUAGGUCUUUUAAUUUUUUUCUAAAAAUAAUAAAAAUUUGAUUUAAUCCUAAAGAUAUAUGUUAUUCAAAUGAUGAAAUUACAUUUCUACUAUCGUAAAAAUUAAAAGUAUUUGGGUGAUGAUGGAUGGGGCUUUCUCAUCUCCUGUUUUUCCUCAUUAAAACGAAAAGAAAAAAGAAAAACCCAAAUCUAUUGCCAUUUGUGAGCCUGAACAUGGAGACAUUUGAAGUAUAGCAAUUACUGGGGCAAUUUAUCAAAAAAAGCCGGUUUUUUUCAAAAUUACCGAAAUGGGCUGAUUUUUUUAUUAUUUACCGGAAUGGGCCAUUUUUCGGGAAAUCGCGUCCACGUCAGCGCUAUGUCAGGGUACGUGUCAGGACAUCGCGUCCACGUCAGCGCGACCUGCUGACGUGGAAGGAAAUCAUGUCCUUGAGGGAGCGAUUUCCUUCCACGUCAGCAGGUCGCGGACGCGAUGUCCUGACACGUGGCGCGUUCUUGGGGACGUGAUUUUGACGCAUUUUUCACGUUUGGUUUUUUUGGCUUUUAGGGUUUAGGGUUCAGGCUUUUUAGGGUUUUUAGGUCCCGGAAUAAAUUAUUUCGAGUUGACGUUUCUGGUCAAAUAGUAUAAAAUCAGCUCUACCAGGAUGCUAUUUGAGAAUAAAAUGUGAAAUCGCGCCCUCGUGGACGCGAUUUUGCUACAGUAGGUCAUGUAAGAAAUAAAUUUUUUUGACGUUUCUGAGCAAAUAGUAUAAAAUCGCCUCUACUAGGAUGCUAUUUGAGAAGAAAUUGUGAAAUCGCACCCUCGUGGACGCGAUUUUGCUACAGUAGGUCAUGUAAGAAAUAUUUUUUUUUGACGUUUCUGAGGAAAUAGUAUAAAAUCGCCUCUACCAGGAUGCUAUUUGGUAAGAAAUUGUGAAAUCGUGCCCUCGUGGACACGAUUUUGCUACAGUAGUAAGUUUGGGCUGAGGCUAUAAAUUAGGCAGAAAAUGUUCUUAGAAUGCAUAAGUCAUAGCAGAAACAAUUUAGAGAGGUUAAGAAAGUUAGAGUUUCAAAAUGAGUGAACGUAUUAGUGCUGUUAUUUACUACGAUGGUGAGGUUUGCCACACCGAGAAUGGUGUUGUUUUUUUGUCGGAGAAUACGGUGCGACUGUCAUUUAACCAGAACAUAGAUUUGAUAGAACUUCGUAAAAGAAUUAGGCAUAAAAUCUUCGGAACGACGCCAAUGAAAGUUCUGUCAAUCACAUAUCGAUUUUGUUCUUGUGUUGAUCCGGUGACAUAUGACUCGUUCGACAUAAAAGGUGCUCGUAGCUUCGAGGCAAUGGUGCAGACUCAUCUUGCUAGUGGAGCAACUUAUAUUGAGUUAUAUGUACAAUUUACGUUGCCAACUGAUGUACUUUCGUCCGGUGUUCGAGAUGUAUACACGACCCCUGGCCGACACUCGGUUAGCGGGUUACAAAAUAAGGAACAGCCCAUGUUCGAUAGCGGCGUCGAAUGCACAUCCCCCGCAAGACACUCUGUCGGUGGAUGGGACAUGUACGUCGGUGGCUCGAUGUUUGAUGCUGGAAAUACGUAUUGGGGAACUGCAUCAAGUUCUAGUGGAUGGCAAUCUACAUCCAAUUGGGGACGUUAUCAAAUGCCCAGAAGAAGGGAUGACAUACUACCUACGACGUCAACCAGUGAGGGGACGUCGUACGCUGCAGAUGAUUGUGGGUUAGAAGAUGACUCCGAUGUGGAUCCACCUCGAGAGCCCGGGCCGGAUGGUGCAGAAGUGGGAUUAUUUUCUGAACCGAAGCCGAUUCCAACAGAGGGUGAAGAUGCUGAAAGGAGUUCAGAUGAAGAAGAAAAUCCAUGAUUCAGAGCAUACUCACCUCCAGCCCACAUGCAUAAUGUUGAUCUGUCAGCGGAUGAUGCGUUAGAGUUUCCAGAUCUACCACACCGAUUGCGCGAUCGUACAAGUUCGGGGGUAGAUUUUGGUGAACUUGAAGUUGGUAAUCAGUUUACCAAUAAAGAUAGCUUUAUUGGUGCUUUGAAACAGCAUAGCAUCAAAAACGACGUUAAUAACCAUGCCGUUAAAUCAAAAUCUGAUAAGUUUGAGGCGAAGUGCGCGGUGCAAGACGACACAUGUUCAUGGAAAAUCGUCGCCUCGUUAAGGAAAAGGACAGGGUUGUGGGAGAUAAAAAAAAGUACAAAGUUCCACAUACAUGUGCUGCAGGUGUUUCACAAGAUCAUCCCAAAAUGGAUUCAACUAUGUUAGCUAGCUUGAUACUACCCACGAUAAAAGUAGAUCCUAGGACUUCAGUGCCGGUGAUAAUUGCCAAUAUCCAUAGCCAAAUGGGGUAUACGCCCUCUUACCGCAAGGCUUGGAUAGCUAAGCAGAAGGCGUUGGAGAAGAUGCAUAGUGGGUGGGACACCUCAUAUAAUGAAAUAUGGCAGUGGUGUCAGGUGCUAGAGAGAUACGUCCCAGGUGCCAUCACAGACCUUGAAACGGAACAUGAGUACUACAACGGCCGAUUGCUACGUGGAUGCCAAGUGUUCAAACGCUUAUUUUGGACCUUUAAGCAAUGCCGAGACGUAUUUCCAUACUGCAAGCCGUUGGUACAAAUUGACGGUACCUUCAUGUUCGGUAGCUAUACUCAUCGGCUAUUGGUUGCAGUGGCACAGGACGGCGGUGGGACAAUUCUUCUAAUUGCAUUUGCAAUAACACCAGGAGAGUCGUCUGAUGACUAGGAUUUCUUUCUUUCGAGGUUAAGGAGGCAUGUGUGCCCCCAACCUGAUAUCUGUGUUAUUUCAGAUCGGGGCACCGGUAUACUGGCUGCAUUUGAUCGAGAGGGAAGCUUGUGGCAGCGUACACACCAUAGAUAUUGCCUAAGACACGUUGCUUCGAACUACUACAGGCAAUAUCCAUCUAAGAGCGAAUGACAACAAGUGACCAACAUGGGUAUUUAGUCUAUAACUGUAUUAUUUCGUUUGUCAAUUUGAAUUAGUUUUAUUGGUAGAAGUGGUAUAAAAUAUUCACUAUGAUCUUAUAUUGGCAGGGUAUGAAAUAAAUAAAGAUCAUUUUGCCGAGAUGUUGGCAAUUUUACGAUCUCAGAACGGAGAAGGGGCAGACUACAUUUGUAACAUACGUUUCGAACAGUGGGCACAAGCAUACAACGGAGGCCUACGAUAUGGCCAUAUGACGUCGAACCUGGCAGAAUGCAUAAAUUCUGUUCUUAAAGGAACACGCCAUCUACCGAUAACAUCGGUUAUGCGAGAGACAUAUUUUCGUUUGGCGACGCUAUUUCCAAAGCGAGCAGCAACUUAUGCAGGCCAGAUGCAGGGUGGUCAUGUAUGGUGCAGUAAGGUAGUUCAAGAAAUUAACAAGACGAAGGCGAGGGCAAACAUCAUGCACACAGUGUGUCACGAUCGAGACAAUUUAUGGUUUCGCGUGACGGAGUUUGACAGACCGCACCAAGGUGUUGUUGGGGGCAAUAUCGUGUACACUUGCGAAACAGGACUUGUGAUUGUGGGAAGUUUGAUGCACUUCGUUAUCCAUGCGUUCAUGUUAUUGCAGCUUGUCAGAAACUCCGUCUGGAUCCGAUGAGUUAUGUGGACGAAGUGUACAAAUUAGAAAACAUGUACAACAUAUAGAAACACGUUUUCCCACCGGUCCCAGAUGAACGUAAGUGGCCGCCCGUAUCUCUUGCUCCUUUUAAGCUGUUACCGGAUAGAGAAUUGUGUCGCAAACAAAAGGGUCGACCUUGCUCCACUAGAAUACGGAACAAUAUGGAUAUCCGAGAAACAGCCAGUCAACAGAAGUUGUGCGGAUGGUGUAGGAACCCAGGCCAUACAAGUCGGUCAUGCCCUAAUGCAAUAGUUGAAUGUAAUUUUAGAAAAAAAUUAUUUUAUUCAAUUAUUAAUUGAUAAUUGUAUUAA